AUGGGAGCGGCGCUGACUUCGCUCUACCGACGAUAUGUGCAGGGGGCACAGCGGUUGCCGGGAGAUGACGAAGAAUCUCUCGGCGGCAACACGCUGGGCACUACAAAUGCGCCACCUCAGAAAAAUCCUGAUCUCAAGGCGAACCUCAAGGUCAUCCGCAAGCUGCUGCCAUACCUCUGGCCCGAGGGCAAAUACCUCCUGCGGCUGCGAGUGGUCUUCUCGCUUCUGUUCCUCUUUUCCAACAACGUGUGGUCGGUGCUCACGCCCAUCACCUACAAGAAGGCCGUCGACGACCUCUCCCCACCCGAUCCUACCUUCCCCAUCUUCUGGGUGUUUGCCUACUGCGUGCUCAAGUUUUUCAGUCGCGCCUCCAACGACAUCCGCGAUGCCAUCUUCGUCAAGGUGUCGCAAGCUGCGCUGAAGUCCGUCUCGCUGGACAUCUUCAAUCACCUCCACUCGCUCUCGCUGCGCUUCCACUUGAACCGCCAGACCGGCGGCAUCCUGCGAGCCAUAGAGCGAGGCACCUCCAGCGCCAGUUAUCUCUUGUCCAUGAUCCUGUUCAACAUUCUACCCAUCUUUGUCGAGGUGGGCUUGACGUGCGUGGUGCUGAUCUCGAUCUAUGACAUCUGGUUCACGAUCAUCACGCUUGUCACCGUCGUUGCUUACAUUGCCUACACGAUCUCGGUCACCGAAUGGCGCAACAAGUUUCGCAGGCUCAUGAACGAGAAGGACAACGAAUCGACCAACAAGGCUGUCGACUCGCUCAUCAACUUCGAAACGGUCAAGUACUUCUGCAACGAGCAACACGAAGCCCAACGCUUUGAGCGAGCGCUUGACGAAAAGGUGGUGGCGGCUGUGAAGAGCACCACCUCCCUGUCGUUGCUCAAUUCGGGCCAGGCCAUGAUCAUCGCCCUCGGCACGCUCUUUGUCAUGCUGCUUGCGGGCAAGCGAGCUACGGACGGCGAAAUGACCGUUGGUGACUUUGUCCUGGUCAACACGUACAUGAUGCAACUCUACACGCCCCUCAACUGGCUCGGUACCAGCUACCGUAUGAUCAAGCAGUCGAUGGUCGACUUGGAGAACCUCUUCACGCUCCUCGACGAGCCCAUCGAGGUGGCGGAUGCCGAGAAUGCGCGCCGUCUCGAAGUCAUCGACGCCGAGGUCAAGUUCAAGAACGUGUCGUUCUCGUACAAGGACAACUUGCCCAUCAUCAAGAAUGUCUCGUUCACCAUUCCCAGCGGUCACACUGUAGCGGUCGUCGGGCCGACAGGAUCCGGCAAAUCAACACUUGCUCGCCUUCUUUUCCGUUUCUACGAUCUUGAUAGUGGCAAGAUCACCGUGGACGACCAGGAUAUCGCGCGGGUCAGGCAGCGAUCUCUGCGCAAGGCCAUCGGCGUCGUUCCGCAAGAUACGGUGCUCUUCAAUGAGACGAUCAAAUACAACAUCAUGUACGGCCGACCCGACGCCACUGACGCAGAGGUGGAGACGGCUGCCCGGUUGGCCCAAAUCCAUGACUUCAUCAUGUCCCUGCCCGAGGGCUACGAGACCAAGGUCGGCGAGCGAGGACUGCGCCUGAGCGGAGGUGAGAAGCAACGCGUGUCCAUCGCACGAGCAAUCCUGAAGGACCCGGCCGUGAUGAUAUUCGAUGAGGCCACCUCCGCCCUCGACACUCACACCGAGAAAGAGAUCCAGGGCGCACUGCGCGAAGUGAGCAAGGGCCGGACUACGCUCGUGAUCGCGCAUCGCUUGUCCACCAUUGUGGAUGCCGACGAGAUCCUCGUGCUACGCAAGGGCGAAGUGGUGGAGCGAGGCACUCAUGAAGAGUUGCUGCAACGGGAGGGCGAGUACGCCGAGAUGUGGCACCGCCAGCUGGCCGAGAUUAGCAGCACCAACGGAGCCGAAGGCGAAGCGGACAGCGGCGCCGGCGUUGCACCCCUCAUCGACCCGUCCCUUUUGGCCGACUCCUCUGCGACCCCUCAUCGCCAUCACCAUCACUAG